UGUGACUUUUUCGAAAACAAAAAGAUCCUGAAUCCUGAAUCUUCGUGCAUGUUGAAACUUGAAGUUCUUUUUGAGUCUCGUUAGUUUCUCAGUUUAUUUUACUGUAAAUAUUGCAACAAAUCUUAUUUUCAGUGACUAAAUAUUGAACUGUUUGUGUGUGCUCACAGUUUUCAAACAGUUCGAGUUAAAGUAUUGACAAGGACGAUUUGGUGUAAAAUUUCCUUACAAAGAUUUAAAUGUCUCGGUGAUAGUGAACUUUUGUGUAAGACAACAUGACUGCCACGGCAUCUGCGGUAACCGCCUCUGUUGAUGAAGAUUUGGACGAAUGUGGACCUCAACUUAUCACGAAGUUAGAGGGCAAUGGUAUAACAUCAGGAGACAUCAAAAAGUUAGAAGAAGCAGGAUAUCACACUGUGGAAUCAGUUGCAUAUGCUCCUAAGAAAUGGUUGAUCACUAUUAAAGGUAUAUCUGAAGCUAAAGCUGACAAAAUACUAGCGGAGGCGUCAAAGUUGGUGCCUAUGGGUUUUACCACUGCUACAGAGUUUCAUCAAAAGAGAUCUGAAAUAAUUCAAUUGACUACAGGUUCGAAAGAACUGGACAGAUUACUGGGUGGAGGCAUAGAAACUGGAUCCAUUACGGAAAUAUUUGGGGAAUUCAGAACUGGGAAAACUCAAAUAUGUCACACUUUGGCAGUUACAUGCCAGCUCCCAAUAGAACAAUCAGGAGGUGAAGGAAAAUGCAUGUACAUAGACACAGAAGGUACAUUUCGUCCGGAGCGGUUGCUGGCAGUCGCUCAGCGCUACGGCAUGGAUGGGGCUGCAGUACUGGACAAUGUGGCGUAUGCUCGCGCGUAUAAUACUGAUCACCAGACUCAGUUGUUAGUGCAAGCUUGUGCUAUGAUGGCAGAAUCUAGAUAUUCUCUAAUCAUAGUGGACAGUGCCACCGCCUUAUACAGAACAGACUACUCAGGUCGAGGCGAGCUUAACUCCAGACAACUACAUCUUGGGCGGUUUAUGAGGAUGCUGCUUAGAUUAGCUGACGAGUUCGGCGUAGCAGUAGUCAUAACGAACCAAGUAGUGGCUCAAGUUGACUCAGUGGGCGUGUUCAACGCUGAUACGAAGAAGCCUAUUGGCGGACACAUAAUUGCGCACGCGUCGACGACCCGCCUGUAUCUUCGAAAGGGAAGGGGCGACAAUAGAGUUUGCAAAAUCUACGAUAGCCCCUGUCUGCCUGAAACUGAAGCCAUGUUUGCUAUAAGCACGGAGGGAAUUACUGAUGCUAAGGAAUAAAUAAUAUUUUUCCAACAAAUAUGUUAAUAAUAAUGCAUCUGAUGGCAUUUUUCACGGCAUUUGGAGUUUGUGAGAGUUUUAAAAAAACUUUGUUAGUUUAGUUACUGACAUAGUCUGCUUAUCCCAGUGUCAGUAAGAAUGUAAUCUGAUAGUUAGGUUUAAGCUUUCUGCUAGAGAAGUUCUUUUUUAAUUGUAAUAAUAAAGUGCAGUGUGCCUUAUUUAUAAUUGUUAGGCAUGUAGCAGAAGGCAAUGUUUUUCAUUCAGUCGUAAAUUCCUAAUUAUAAUGAAAAUAAUUUUGAUUCAGAUGCUUCAUAUUUGGUUAUUUUACAUAAUAUUAUAGCAACAAUCUCAUUGUAAAUAAGCGAUCACUAAUACUAAAAUAUUGUAUGAAGUAAAUAAAACAAUAUAUUUAUAAUAAAUAUUAUGCGUUUAUUUUCUCAAAUGGCUUACAACAGUUUAUAUAAAUUGCAAGUAAGUACAUACAUAAAUACAUACUGACAUUAAAAAUAAAUUUCAAAUAUAUAUUCAGAACAAACUUAUGAUUGCAAAGUCAUCCGUCCAUAUUAUCGAAAAAUAAAAACAAAUAAACGGUUGAUUUAUAUAAUUUACAAUUUAUAUAAAAUUUGUAUUCAGCAUCAACAUUAUUUAAUGGUUUAUUAUAUUCAAAAUAGUUGAUUAUUAUAAGGCUGUAUUAUUGCUUGAGUAUAUAUCAUAAUAAAUAUGCUUUGCGUAGUCCCUUACGUUCGGUAACUCGGUUACAUAAUAUUAUAUGACAAGUAGAUGUACUAUGUAUCUAGCAGUCUAUUUUGAUUGGAGAAUGCAACUUGGGAGAUUUACAAUAUAAUAUGCUUUAUAUUCUAUUUCUCUGAACUUUAUGCAUCAAGCCGAUUUUUGAUACUGUGAAAUAUGUAUUUGUUUAAAAGCAUGUUUACACGUUAUUAAGGAACUACAUUAUCAACCAAUGCUAUAUUAUCGGCGAUUCUGCUAAAAUACACUGCAAAACUAAGACUACACACCCCUUAGAAAAUCAUAGUUAUAUCGCUAACAAAUAUAAAUAUGUAUGUACUGAUCGUUUAGCACGCUAUUGUACCUACAAUAUCUGUAUCAUAAGACUUGUUUAAAACUAUCGACUAUAGGAAUUUAAAAAUGUCUACAA